AUGUCUGAUCUCACAGUCCAGCUCACAGCCCCCAACGGCCGUACCUACGCCCAGCCGCUGGGUCUGUUUAUCAACAACGAAUUUGUGGCUUCGAAAUCGGGCAAGAGGAUCGACUCGAUUAACCCAAGCGAUGAAUCGGUCAUCGCAUCAGUCUACGCCGCCGGUCCUGAAGAUGUCGAUAUCGCCGUCCAAGCCGCGCGCAACGCACUAAACAGCCCUGAAUGGGAGGAUCUCCCACCCACCGAAAGAGGGCAGAUGAUGACCCGUCUGGCCGAUAUGAUGGAAGAGAAUAAGGAGCUUUUCGCUACCAUCGACGCAUGGGAUAAUGGUAAACCAUACAGCGAAGCGCUUGAAGGCGACCUCCCGGAAGCGAUAGGCACCAUCCGCUACUACGCCGGCUGGGCGGACAAAACAUUCGGACAGACCAUCAACACCACCUCGGCCAAGUUCGCCUACACAAUCCGCCAGCCGAUCGGCGUCGUCGGUCAGAUUAUUCCGUGGAAUUACCCGCUGUCGAUGGCGGCGUGGAAACUUGGUCCGGCGAUCGCGUGUGGUAAUACGGUUGUGUUGAAGGCUGCGGAGCAGACACCUCUGAGUGUUCUUGUUUUGGGAACUUUGAUUCGGCAGAUUUUCCCACCGGGCGUGAUUAACAUCAUCAAUGGACUGGGACAAGACGCGGGCUCGGCGCUGGUCCAGCACGCGGAUGUUGACAAGGUCGCAUUCACUGGCUCGACCGCUACAGCGAGGAAGAUCAUGCAGAUGGCCAGCGCUACAUUGAAGAACAUCACCCUCGAGACAGGAGGCAAGUCGCCGCUGAUCGUCUUCGGUGACGCACGAACAGAUCUAGCUGUGAAAUGGGCGCAUAUCGGCAUCAUGUCGAACAAGGGCGAGAUCUGCACCGCGACAUCGCGCAUCUUCGUUGAAGAAUCCGUUUACGACGAUUUCCUGGCACAGUUUAAAUCUCUCACAGAGAGCAGCACCGUCGGCGAUCCCUUCGAAAGCGCAACCUUCCAAGGACCACAAGUCUCACAAGCCCAAUUCAACCGCGUACUGGCAUACAUCGAGCAGGGGAAGAAAGAAGGCGCCACGGUGCUGACAGGCGGCCAGGCACAGAAGAAAGACGGCAAGGGAUUCUUCAUCGCGCCCACCAUCUUCACAGACGUCACGCCCGACAUGACCAUCUACAAAGAGGAAAUCUUCGGCCCGGUCGCUGUGGUGGUCAAAUUCAAGGCCGAGAAAGACGCGCUCCAGAUGGCGAAUGAUACAACAUAUGGCCUUGGCGCUGCUGUCUUUACCGAGAAUCUCGUCAGGGGACACCGGAUGGCGAGGAAGAUCGAGUCAGGUAUGGUUUGGAUCAACAGCAGUCAGGAUUGCGAUUUCCGGGUUCCUUUUGGUGGUGUUAAGCAGAGCGGGAUUGGGAGGGAGUUGGGAGAGGCUGGGUUGGAGGGAUAUUCGCAGAUCAAGGCUGUGCAUGUGAACAUGGAUCCUGAUGCUUAA